AUGAUUCAUCAUGCAACAAUGAGCUCUUCCUUACAGAAUGACAUGAACACUCUCAUUACUGAAAGUUCAUGCUUAAAAAUCCAACCGAGUUCACCUAAUGAAUCCGAUAACUCGAAAAAGAUCACACCGCCAUUACCACAUUCUUCAUCUUCUUCUGAUCUUACACCUUCUAGCCUUAGCUUUGCUUCCCUUAAAUUUGAACCCGCGGAUCACGUUGAUCUGGAGAUGCCAUCUCCAGAAACGAACUCGUUGUGGGAAUCGUUCUUUUCUGAGCAGCUAGAGACAGAUUUUAUGAUCUCAUCCCCUGUUAGGACAUCAUCAGUAGUUAAUCCUUCAUCUUCUCAAUCUUCGUCUUUCAAUAACUAUUACCCGAAUAACAUUAUUGGGCAUGCUGGUUUGGGAUGCUCUCCACCUCGAACGGCGUCACCUUUGGCACCUUUUAAUAACACCAACAAUAGCAAGGCAAAAGGAAUGAGCCCACUUCAAAGGGUUUUUAGUAACUCCCCUACUAAUCAGUUCAUGGAAGUCGAAACUAUUUCUUUGCCGUCUCUUGAGAACUUUUUGGAUGAGUUGGAGGGAGACGAUGAUGAAUUUUUGGCUUACUCUACGAAUAGUGUUGCAGGUGUAAGUUCUUCGGAUCAAUCAUUUGAUUCGCUCACUACGAUCCCAGCUUUGUUGGACUGCUUGACUUUGCCUAGCCCUUCUAGGUUUUACGGUGAGGCUAACAAUACGACGGUCCAUGGCGGUUGUGUUGGAGGAUCCACCGAGAACGAUCAGAUGUAUCAGCAGAUGAGACCUUCGCCUCCCAACAUGCCACUCAUCGAACAACUGGAACAAGAAAGACGAGAAGAAAAACAACAUAGACAACAACCAACACGACAACAGUUGCCGUCUUCACGACUACAACCUCAACCUCAACAGCAGCAGCAACCAAUGAGCCAUAGUCAUAACCACCUCAUGGUGCCUCCACCAGUUGGCGCCGAGGAACAUGAUAGUGGUCUUCAACUGGUUCACCUUCUACUGGCUUGUGCAGAAGCAGUGGCCAAAGAAGAUUUGAUGUCAGCAAGAAAAUACCUUCACCACCUCAACCGUGUGGUCUCACCGUUUGGUGAUUCGAUGCAACGCGUAGCAUCAUGCUUCACAGAAGCCCUCACUGCCCGCCUUGCAGCCACUCUUACCACAAAACCACCGUCAUCCGCACCGAAGUUCACUCCUUUCCCUCCUAAUGCAAUGGAAAUCCUCAAAAUCUAUCAAAUUGUCUACCAAGCUUGCCCUUACAUUAAGUUUGCCCACUUUACCGCCAACCAAGCCAUCUUCGAGGCGUUUGAAACCGAAGAACGUGUCCACGUCAUUGACCUUGAUAUACUCCAAGGAUAUCAAUGGCCGGCUUUCAUGCAAGCCCUUGCAGCUCGGCCAGGUGGCCCACCUUUUCUUCGGAUCACUGGUAUCGGCACAUCUCCAGAGCAGGUUGAGGAAACAGGACGGUGCUUGUCAGAACUCGCCCACUCUCUCCAUGUUCCCUUUGAGUUCCAUCCAGUGGGGGUACAAUUAGAAGAUCUCGAACCACACAUGUUUAACCGAAGAGUAGGUGAAGCCCUAGCAGUCAACUCAGUCAACCGACUACAGCGAGUCCCUGGUCACUGCCUAGGAAAUUUACUAGCUAUGAUCAGAGACCAAGCUCCUAAUAUAGUGACCAUAGUGGAGCAAGAAGCGAGCCAUAAUGGGCCUUACUUCUUAGGCCGAUUCUUGGAAGCACUACACUACUAUUCGGCAAUCUUUGACUCGCUUGAUGCAACUUUCCCGGCAGACUCGAUCCAACGGGCCAAGGUAGAACAAUAUAUAUUUGCACCAGAAAUAAGGAAUAUAGUAGCGUGUGAAGGUGCAGAGAGAGUGAUGAGACAUGAGAGGUUGGAGAAAUGGAGAAAAAUAAUGGAAGGAAAAGGAUUUCAAGGAGUGCCACUGAGCGAAAAUGCAGUGACUCAAUCAAAAAUUUUACUUAGUCUGUACUCGUGUGAUGGAUACAGGUUGACCGAGGAUAAAGGUUGUUUGCUGUUGGGAUGGCAAGAUAGAUCAAUUCUUGCUGCUUCUGCAUGGAGAUGUUAA